AUGGUGUUAGUUGAAAGGAAGAGCGGAAAUCGUCAAAAGAAAACCAAAGUAAUAAUUACGGAAGAGGACUACAUUUGUGAAGCGUGCUUUGAUGUAUCCAUGCAGUCUAUUAAUGCUCAAAUUCAUGGAAACAAUGAGUGUCAUCCAUCUGCUUGUUCAUCUCGCCUUGGUCAUACUCAAGUGUGCCCCGUUUGUGGUCGAUCAUUGCUCAAUCGUCAAAGUGACCAUAUUCACAAAGAAAACCCAUCAAGCCUCACACUAAGAAUGAUCAACUUAAUUCGAGCUACUGUAGCACCUCGUCAGAUAUCACAAUAUGAUCGUGUAUGUCAUGCCUGUUGGUUGAGGUUUAAAAGACAAGCUCUUUUAACUCAACAACAGGAUGAAAGAAGAGGCUUAGAAGGUGAUGAGACUCCUCACGGUCAAGAAGAAGUGGAACAGCCUGUUGAUGCAGUUCAUGUUCCAGAAUUACAACCUCCCCCGUUUCUUGCAAGUACAGAUGAAAGGGAUUCGUCUGUAGAAUCAGUUGCAGCUCCAGAGGUUCAUUCGCUACAAUCUCAAACCCAACAAUCAAUUCUUGAGGAAGAUGAUGAUUUUAGCAACCAGAGACAAGAUUUUGAUAUUUUUUUACUUCCACCUGACACCGCCAAUGAUUACCAAACUGACGAGGACUCGGGUGAAGAAGAUAACGUCAGCAUAAAUAAUUUGCCUGGAAGUUUGCUUCGAGCUCCAGCGGAGCUUGCUGCCUCAACCUCAAUGGAAAAACCAGAAACUGAGGACCAAACCCCUCCCGAAUUUCAAGAACCUUUAAAAAAACGUGUCAUGAAUUACAAUUGGCGAAAACGAGACUUGCAGCUAAGACCUAUUGUUUGGAAACCCCUUUAUCAUACUCCUAUUGAAAGAAGCCCGAUAGAAUGGUUUUCUUUAUUAUUUUCAGAAGAAGUAUUUGAGAUGCUUACUAUUGAAACCAAUAGAUACUUAGCACGUAAGCUUCUCUCUGCUGACGUCAAGAUUGAAGAGAUGAAAUGUUUGGUAGGGAUUUUGUUAGUCAGUGGCUACUGCCAAGUGAGCAGAAGAAGAAUGUACUGGGAAAAUGCAUCUGACUCAAGAAAUAGUUUGAUUGCUUCAGCCUUGUCUCGAGAUAGAUUUACACUAAUUUACUCUAAUAUUCAUGUUGCUGAUAAUCUAAAUUUAGAUACAUCCGAUAAAUUUGCAAAAGUUCGUCCUUUAUUAAAAGUUUUAACUAUGAGGUUUCUUGAGCACUGUCCACAUAAGGAGAAUCAUAGUGUUGAUGAGGCUAUGGUCCCAUAUUUUGGUCAUCACGGCUGCAAACAGUUUAUUAGAGGCAAGCCUAUAAGAUAUGGAUACAAAUUAUGGGUUGGUGCAACAUCAGGAGGUUACAUUGCAUGGUUUGAACCAUACCAAGGUGCUUCUACAUUUACGAAUGCCCAAUAUUCCCAGCUUGGUCUUGGUGCAAGUGUGGUUUUGUCUUAUGCAGAUCAACUAGCAACAUUAGGCUAUGGAAAAAACUACCAUCUCUUCAUAGAUAACUUUUUUACCGGUUUGCCUUUGGUUCAAGAACUUACUGAGAGGGGAUUUCGUGUAACUGGUACUAUCAGAGAAAAUAGAUCUGGAAAGUGCCCUCUAUUAAGUAACAAAGAAGCAAAGACAAAAGAAAGAGGCUUUUAUGAUUAUCGCAUAUCUGAUGAUAUUAUAAUUUGCAAGUGGCAUGACAAUAGUAUAGUGUCAGUAUGCUCUAAUGCAGUUGGUGUUGAUCCUGUCCACAAAACUGAACGCUAUUCUCAGCAACUAAAAAAGAAAAUAUCUGUUUCUCAACCUCAUCUCAUUCAACAAUACAAUAAAAAUAUGGGUGGAGUAGAUUUAUCAGAUCAGAAUAUAUCGUCAUUGCGAACUAGCAUUCGAGGAAAAAAGUGGUAUAUGCCUCUGAUUCUCCAUUGUAUAGACAUGUCUGUACAAAAUGCAUGGCUGCUGUACAGACAUAAUGGAGGGAAUAUCGACUUGCUAAACUUUCGACGUCGUAUUGCAAACUAUAUUAUCGAUUGUAAUAAACAACGCGAAAGGCCAGGUCCUAGUCGACCAUCUUCAAUAACAUCAGACUCUCGAUACGACGGCAAAGAACACUAUGUCAGCAAGCAGGAAAAGAGGACCAGGUGUGGCCUAUGCCACAAACAAUGUCCUACAAGAUGUGUCAAGUGCAAUAUCGGUGUCCACGUAGAGUGCUUUAUUAUGUAUCACACCAAAAAGUAA